GAAACGUCGGCCAAUCGAAAUUGUUCAUCCCUGGAAGAAGACAAGAAAAAAAUAAUAUAUAAUAAUAGAAUAUUCCACCGUGAUAAUAUUGCCAAGCAUUGUUUUCCGCGUCUUCGCCGUCGUUAAUUGGGCAACAGUCAGAACGACCACAAAGCCAGCACUCGAAGCGCCCCGAACAGCAGGAUAAUCGGCAGAAAGUACGAGACAUCAUCGACAGGCUAACUAAACCACAACGACAACCACAUCCGCAACAAAAUCCCAAUCCAAAUCCACGUCCAAAUCCCAUUUCGAGUGAAACAGCGAGUGAGACAGUGAAAUGCCACUCUUCGGGAAGUCACAGAAGUCGCCAGUGGAGCUGGUCAAGUCGCUAAAGGAGGCGAUCAACGCCCUAGAGGCGGGCGACCGCAAGGUGGAGAAGGCGCAGGAGGACGUCAGCAAGAACCUGGUCUCGAUCAAGAACAUGCUGUACGGUAGCAGCGAUGCCGAGCCGCCGGCGGACUAUGUGGUGGCCCAGCUGUCUCAGGAGCUGUACAACAGCAACCUGCUGCUGCUGCUCAUCCAGAACCUGCACCGCAUCGACUUCGAGGGCAAGAAGCAUGUGGCGCUCAUUUUCAAUAAUGUGCUGCGCCGCCAGAUUGGCACCCGUUCGCCCACCGUCGAGUAUAUAUGUACGAAGCCGGAGAUCCUAUUCACCCUGAUGGCCGGCUACGAAGAUGCGCAUCCGGAGAUCGCACUGAACUCCGGUACCAUGCUGAGGGAGUGCGCCCGGUAUGAGGCGCUGGCCAAGAUCAUGCUGCACUCGGAUGAGUUCUUCAAGUUCUUCCGCUACGUGGAGGUUUCCACCUUUGACAUUGCCAGCGAUGCCUUUUCUACGUUCAAGGAGCUGCUCACGCGCCACAAGCUGCUGUGCGCGGAGUUCCUGGACGCCAACUACGACAAGUUCUUCUCGCAGCACUACCAGCGCCUGCUCAACUCGGAGAACUAUGUGACGCGGCGUCAGAGCUUGAAGCUGCUUGGGGAACUGCUGCUGGACCGGCACAACUUCACCGUGAUGACGCGCUACAUAUCCGAGCCGGAGAACCUCAAGUUAAUGAUGAACAUGCUCAAGGAAAAGUCGCGCAACAUUCAGUUCGAGGCGUUUCACGUCUUCAAGGUGUUCGUGGCCAAUCCCAACAAGCCGAAGCCCAUUCUGGACAUCCUGCUGCGCAACCAGACGAAGCUGGUCGACUUCCUGACCAACUUCCACACGGAUCGCUCCGAGGACGAGCAGUUCAACGACGAGAAGGCCUAUCUGAUCAAGCAGAUAAAGGAGCUGAAGCCGCUGCCCGAGGCUUAGUUGGACCUCCACCUCGGCUCCAACUUCACCUCCAGCUCCAGCGUCCCGGGGGCAAAAGGACCGUAGCCAGAAGCCAGAAGCGAUCGAUACGGAAGCAGGGAGAGCGAUGGUGGGUUAGCAGGAUGUGAACAUGUUUUGUGUGUGGGUUAAAGCAAAUAUAUAUUAUAUACUAUA